AUGACCAGCACCGCCAGUCAGCUGUGGGGUCUAGAUGUCAGCAGCGGAGAGUCCUUCGAAAUGCGUAGUCCACACCGCAGUGCUCCACGGUGUUUGGCCAUGGGUCCUGCCUCGACUACGUUGCAAUCUUCACAAAUGUAUGGCUAUCUCGGGGAUGCUGGGGCCAUUAGUCUCUGCGACCUCAAGACCAAGCAUACCAUUAGGACCUUCCGGAUGAGCUCGCCUGGAGCAGCACUCGUCUUCUCGCCCCAUCAGGCUUGCUUGUAUUCCGCAGAUGAGGAGUGCAACAUUUACGAAUGGGACAUCGCUUCAGGACGUUGCCGACAGAAGGUCAAGGAGCCCUGGAGCGUUGGCAUUCGGUGCCUGGCCAUCAGCGCAGAUGGCAAGCCCAAGCUUGCUGUUGGCAGCGCGACUGGCAACAUUGACUUUCUUGAGCUCAGUCCACAUCUAUCGGGACUGCCAAGCCACAGCAUUGGAAAUCUCACGACGAGGAUUGAUGCGCUCAGGUUCAACACCGACGGCCAGAUUCUCGCAGCAGCUUCGCGCCUCAAACCUGGUGCGCUGAAGCUGAUACACACCGGGACAAUGACCGUGUUUCAGAACUGGCCUACGCAAAGGACACCAUUGAACCGAGUGUCUGCGUUGGACUUCUCCCACCAUGGAGGUAUCCUCGCCAUUGGCAACGAAACUGGUCGGGUUCUGCUCUUCAGGCUGCAAAGUUACAUGCAGUCAAAAUAG